AUGGCCCCUUCAAACUUCCACAUCACGUCCGCCCACCCCCGCCUCCACUGGUCCCGCGACACUCCACCCCUCAUCACAGUGCCCCCCGGCGCCACCGUAACCUUUGACCUCAAAGACUCCUCCGGCGGCCAAGUGAACCCCUCCACCACACCCUCCGACCUCGCAAAACUAGACCUCGCCACCUUCGACCCCAUCUUUGGCCCCGUCGCCAUUGAAGGCGCAGAACCAGGCGACGUCCUCGAGAUAGAAUUCCUCCACCUCCAACCUUCCUCCGGCUGGGGCUUCACCGCCAUAUUCCCCGGCUUCGGCCUCUUGGCAGACGAGUUCCCUAACCACGUCAUAAAGCACUUCACUUGGGACCAGUCUUCGCCCACCACAACCACCACCACCAUCACCAGCAGCAACCACAUCCUCUUCCAACCCGGCAUCAAAAUCCCCCUCCGUCCCUUCCUAGGCGUAGCGGGCGUCGCACCAUCCCUCCCAGGCCCCCUGUCCACCAUCCCGCCCCUCGACACGGGAGGCAACAUUGACUGCAAACACAUCACCGCCGGAACAAGACUCUACCUCCCCGUCCGCGUCCCCGGCGCAAACUUCUCCUGCGGAGACGGGCACGCGGCCCAGGGCGACGGCGAGGUAUGCGGCACCGCGAUAGAAACCCCCAUGAAGGCCACCCUCCGGUUUACCGUCCGCAAAGAUAUGCCCUAUGUCACGAGCCCGCACUACGAUACGCGCGGGUCGGCGGCGCAGCAUGCUCAGCAUCAGCAUCAGACGCAGGGUGGUGAUCCGCCCGUGGCCGUGUAUGCCGUGCUCGGGAUCGAUUCCGACUUGUUGGAGGCGAGUAGGAAGGCGCUCAGGGGGCUGAUUGCGCGCCUUGUCGCGACGAGGGGGCUUGAGAGGGAGGAGGCGUACAUGCUGUGCAGUAUUGCUGCCGAUUUGAAGAUUGCAGAGAUUGUUGAUAUGCCUAAUUUUGCCGUGUCUGCGAGUAUCCCCUAUUCCAUUUUUGAAGACUAG